AUGCCAGAUCGUCAAAAAUCAGUACUUGUAACAGGUGCUUCAUCAGGAAUCGGAUACUCCACAGCAAUUGAAUUUGCUAAACGAGGAUAUCAGGUGUUUGCUGGUGCUAGAAGAUUGAAACCUAUGGAACCAUUAGCCAAAGAAUAUGGAGUUGUUAUCUUUGAGUUAGAUGUUUCAUCGGAAGAGAGUGUUAAAGAGGCGAAAAAAUUUAUUACUGAAAAGACAGGAGGAUAUCUUGAUAUAUUGUACAACAAUGCUGGUCAGUCAUGUACUUUUCCUGCUUUAGACGUCACUGAUGAAUGGUUUAAACAGUGUUAUGAGGUGAAUGUAUUUGGACCUAUGAGAUUAGUGAGGGAAUUAGGACCAUUGGUUAUUAAUGCACAAGGUACGAUUGGGUUUACUGGUUCAGUUAGUGGAAUUUUACCUUUCCCGUUAUCUUGUACAUAUUCGUCUUCUAAGGCUGCUAUCCACCAAUAUGCUGCCACUUUAAGAAUUGAAAUGAAGCCAUUCAAUGUUAAAGUUAUUAAUAUAGUUACUGGUGGGGUUAGGACGAACAUUGAGGAUAAGAGACAGCUACCAGAGAGUUCUCUUUAUAAUGUACCUGGUAUGAAAGAAACUCUUGUUGAAAGGCAACAGAUGGCCAAGAGAAACCAUCCAAUCAGUUCAGAAACCUAUGCUAAAAGAGUAGUCUCUGAUUUUGAAAAACUGAGAAUAAACGGGCCAUUAAAUAUUUACAGGGGAAGAAUGGCUACGUUUUUAGGCUACUUACUAUGCUGGUGUCCAAGAUUCUUAGUUGAGAUUAUCUUCAUUAGAAAGUUUAAAUUGACUGCAAUUUACAAAUUUUUAAGAACCAAGUACAGCAAGGAACAUCUUGAUUAA